AUGGAAGAAGAUCACUACGAUACUCCGUGGGAGUACCUCGCUAGACCCACUUCCGUUAGGCUUUCCACCGCAGACGCUGUCUUAUUCGCCAAACGGUCGACUACCGCUAUCGCAAGUGCGUCAGAUUCGCCUCAAUGCUCGCCUGUCCCACACUCGCCAUCGUUUUCGAAUCAUCUGGUGCACAUUGGCAACUCUCCACUAGAGUCGAAACGUCACUCUCUUAGAGCAGACCGACCAAGACGAGUUGACGCUCUGAACGAGGAAGAAACACUCCUUGAAAAGAACAUCGACAGAGUAGGCGCAGAGAAAUUGCUUGAGAGCCGAGGUCUAGGCGAUUUUCUGCUCAGGUCUCGAGGGGAAGGUAGCGCUGCGUUGUCGCUGCGAGGCGCUUCCGGUGUUCUGCAUAUCAAGCUCGAGCGGCGAGGCGACAAAUGGGUAAUCGGCGAGGGUCCGUGCUUCCGUUCUAUCUCAUCGGCUGUUCAUUACUACCGUCGGCAUCCACUACCAAUCAGAGGCUCCGAUCAUCUUCUAUUAAAUGCAUCCCUUACAAAUACUAUCCGUUUAUAG